UGCUCGCACCGGAAGAGAAGGGGCAGCUCUCCCAGCCAUCUUGUGGCAGCAUCCAGCGAACUGGUCGCAUCAAGCCUCGUAGAAUCGGAGGUGAAUCCCGUUGAAGGGGCGCCAUCAUGCCCGGACAACUGCAAGAAGGCUUCGGCUGUGUCGUGACCAACCGGUUCGACCAGUUAUUGGACGAUGAGUCCGACCCUUUCGAGAUCCUGAAGGCUGCCGAAAACAAGAAGAAGGAGGGGGCCGCCGCUGCUUCCACCAAGACCGCGGCUCAAGCCGCUAAGCAGCCGAAGAAGGAGUCACAGAAGGACAGAAAGAACCCUCUGCUGGACAAAAAGGAGGAGACCCAGGCGCCAGUCCCCCUGAAGAAAGAAGGUAUCAGGCGGGUGGGAAGAAGAGCAGACCAGCAGGGCCAGUCUGGUUCCCAGCACCAGGGCGCGCAGGGCGAAGGGCGACCUGGAGACAAGAGGCCGGACCGAAGACCACCCCGCGAGCGCCGCUUUGAGAAACCUGCUGAGGACAAACCCGAGGGGGCCGGAGAGUUUACUGUGGAAAAGCCUUCUGGAGACAGGCCCCCGAGAGGGCGUGGUGGCGGCCGGGGCGGGCGCGGUGGAAGAGGGCGGGGCAUGGGCCGAGGCGACGGCUUUGACUCCCGUGGCAAACGAGACUUCGACAGACACAGCAGCAAUGACAAAUCCAAUCCGAAGAGCGAGGAGAAGCGUGGCGGAAGCGGCUCGCACAACUGGGGCAACGUGAAGGACGAAGUGAGUGAGGCUGAACAAACUGCUCCCCCUGAGACGACCCCAGAGGGCGAGGAAAACGCACCUGCUGGCUCCGAGAACAAAGAGAACGAGGUCGAAGAGGUGAAAAAUGAAGGCCCCAAAGAGAUGACCCUGGACGAGUGGAAGGCCAUGCAGGACAAGGAGCGCACCAAGGUGGAGUUCAACAUCCGCAAGCCCAACGAGGGAGCCGACAGCCAGUGGAAGAAAGGAUAUGUGCUGCACAAGUCCAAGAGCGAAGACAGACCUGUUGGGGCUUUGAUCGACACCGCAGAGACAGAACCAGAAUCGCACAAUCUCUACCACAAGCAGGCCGCCGCUGACGAGUCCAGUGACCACCAUUUCCGCAAACCAGCCAACGACAUCACAUCUCAGCUGGAGAUCAACUUCGGAGACCUUGGCCGCCCCGGUCGCGGGCGUGGGGGCGCACGUGGUGGGAGGGGAGGCCGCGGCGGGGGAGGCAGCAGGACGGCACGCGGGGGAGGACGUUCCGAAAAGGCUAGUGGAGUGUCAGUCCCCAAUGUGGAUGAUCCUGAGGCCUUCCCAGCCCUGGCCUAAAAAGGCUCCCUCUUUCACCACCAGCCCACCCAUCAGCCCUUCCGGGCCCCCCCCUCUACGAGGCUUGCAUGCUUACCACAUCUUCAAGUAUAUAAGAAAAACAGAGAGAAAAAAAAUUAAAUGACACAAAAAGACUGUCAUCCCAUACCACUCACACCACCCAAGGACUUAAAUUUUACCUGUUUUAAAGGAGACUAAAAGACAAAAAAAAAGGCAGAAAAGGACCUCUUGUUACACUGAAGUUUUGUAUUUAGGAACAUGAAAGCAGGGAUGUUUUCAUACUUUUUUUUCUUUCUUUUUUUUCCCCAGAGAUUACGCAUACUUCAUUGAUAUUUUUUGUGCUGCUUGAAUUUAUGCAUUUCUGCAAUUAGAUUGAAGUGUGUGUAUUCCUCUCCUCCCCGUAAUGACUUCAGCUCAGUAUUAUGGGGUCAUCUUUAGAAAAGGCUUUGUACUGGAGUGUAUUUUUUGGCCCUCCCAGUAAUACACGCUGAUGUGGUAGCACUACACUACAUUAGAACCUUGUACUUGUACUAGAUGUCUGAAGUACGGCUUAACAUGCAUUUAAAGUGUAAUUACUUGGAUCCUGACUAUCCAUCCCUUUGUGAGGCACAAGUUGAGGAUGGGUAACCAGGUUAAAUGUGACUUCUACUAAAGCUUGGUAUUUUUCUGCUUGUCGUGCAGUGAAAGUUGAUGCCUCUUCUCAUUGUUUUUUGUUUUGUUUUGAUAGUUUGCCUCUUUUUUUGGUGGACCAGUGGUUAGUAGUGUUUCACAUCCCCUGAUCCAGAAGUGCUACCCACUUUUAUUUCUUUUCUUUUUUUAAGGGUGUACCGGGGCCCAAUGUAUCUUUAGGCUGGUCCUCUUAGGUCAUACAGGCUAUACAACUUGUAAUUUCAGGACCACUAAGCAAAUAUUGUUUUGUUUUUGUUUUUUUGGUAAGGAUAUGCGUACGGGCGUGUGUUUGUGUGAGUGUGUGUUGUUUGCAGCAAAGCGUGAGAGCGUGCGUGUGAUUUUUGACAGCUAGUUGCUUAGGAUUUAAGCAUUUUCUCUGCUGAACUUGCCGUUCUCAAACAGGAGAGUGCAAGUUGUCGCCUGAAGUAGUUCUUAAUGUCUUUUAUGAAGUGAUUGUUGAAAUGUAGGUGAGAAUGAUAGCGUAGCUAGACCAUGAACAUAUCUCGCUCUUUUAGAGUAUCUGUACUGUCUUUCAGAUCUCAAAGCACUUGGUUUUAUUAGCACCAAUUCCUCUGAAGAUUGUUUUUCUUCCCUUUUACUUUAAACCAUAUUUGAUGUUUUAUUUUGUUUUUGUUGUUUUGUUUUGGGGGUUUUUUGUAAUCUUAUUUUUAUUUUAAUCUGUGAACAAGCAUCGAUGCAUAAUUUGUCUGAAAGAAAUGUCAGCGGUCAUUGUGGAACAAGCUACAGAAUGUAAAAUGUGAGUUAAAGGUGCUCUCAGCUGCCUGUCUCAGCAUUUUCCAGCAAGCAUUUUAGUUUUUUUUUUUCUUUUAAUAAAAGCAGGUAUGUUUCAUGUGUGGGUUGGGGUGGGUGCGGGCUGGGGUGGGGGUGGGGGUGUCACACCGAAGACCUGAUGGAGUGAAUUUUUAAAGCUUUACUUGUCAUGCUCUGCAAAGACUUGCUGGCGACGCGCUGAUACAACAGGCUGGAGCAGUUUUCCUCGUAGGACCGUUUGAGCCACAUGACAUUAAAACUUUCUCUGCAAACAUCCCUGUUCUAAUAAAAAUGCUUUAGAGGUGUUA